UGACAUUAAGCGACAGGCGACAGGACAAGACAAGACAACAAUACUUCCAUUCCACUUCCCUUCUCGCACAAUAUAUAUAAAUUGGUUCAUAAUUUACCAAUAUUACCUACAUAGAUAGAUAGAUACCAAUUUAAUUUUUUAUUAGUGACAUUUAUUAUUUAACAUUUUUUUCCAAUUAGUGAAUUAAUUCCAGUUGAUUAAUUAAAGGAAAAUGUCUUCUUGGGUGAAGGAGAAUUGUGUAUCUUUCUUUCAACUUUUCUGCAUCAAAGUAGUUAAUACAGGACGAAUACCUCAGCAUAUUGCAUUUAUAAUGGAUGGUAAUCGUCGUUAUGCAAAGAAACAUAGCGUCGAUAGUUCUGAGGGGCAUUACAAAGGGUUUGACAAACUUUCAGAAACUUUGAAGUGGUGUUUAGAUAUUGGCGUCCCUGAAGUUACAGUGUAUGCAUUCAGUAUAGAAAACUUUAAAAGGUCAGAAAAAGAAGUUUCUGCUCUUAUGGAUUUAGCCCGAGACAAGUUCAAAAGAUUGUUGGAAGAAAUCGAGCAGUUAAAUGAUUGGGGUAUGAGGGUUCACAUAGCUGGUAGACUUUCACUCUUGCCUGAUGAUCUGAGAAGUCUUAUCUCAGAAGCAAUGUUGGCCACAAAAGACAACAAUAAGCUUCGAUUAAAUAUAGCUUAUGCAUAUACUGGUCGCGACGAAAUCAGUCGAGCAGCAUCACACAUAGCGGAUGGUGUUAAGAAUAAUGAGUUAUCCUCUGAGGACAUUGAUGAACAUCUAGUUUCCCAAACAAUGGAACUCAGUGAGCCCGAUCUUCUAAUCAGGACUUCAGGAGAAGUGAGACUGUCUGACUUUAUGAUAUGGCAGGUGUCCAACACAGUGCUCUAUUUCACCGAUGUUUUGUGGCCAGAUUUUACAAUAUGGAAUUUGUUAGCUGCUAUUAUACAUUUCCAAAGACAUGCGCCGUUGCCGAAGGUAGAAGAAAGUAUUAGUGUACGAAAACUUUAUUUUUUACAGCAAUUAGAAAACAGGAGAUUACAGGAGUUGCAAAAAUAUGUAAACUGUUGACAUUAAGCAAAUUAAUUUAUAAGUAUGUUAUUUAUUAUUGUUGAAAGUAGAUAAGUUUUAAAAAUUGUUGCCAAUGUAGGAAUAAUUAAUAAGUGUGUCAUAAACAUCUACAUUCCAAACUUUGAAAUGUAUUAAGUACAAAAAAAGAUUUCUUUCCUGUUUCCAUAAUUAUUAAUUUUAUAGAGGGUACCUAAAUUAGAUUGCAAUAACACAAAGUGUUUCUUACUUAAUAAAUUAUUUAUUUACUAUAUAA